CGCAUUUAACAACACUACUUUGCUAAAAGUCAGAUUGGCAGCGCCCCGUCAGCUGUUGUUGUUUUACGUACCGUAUCAAUUCUGCAUAAAUUUAACAAAUUUGUCGCUUGUUAGCUCAAUAAACAUGGCCAAGAUUAUUAAAGCGUCCACAGGUUUGACCGGCCUGGCCGUGUCCACCAAUCCACAUCAUACCCUGGGUGCGCUCUAUGGCAAGAUUCUGCGUGCCGUGGGCAAGAUGCCACAGGAAGCCAGCUACCGCAAGUACACGGAACAGCUGGUCAAGCAGCGCGCCGAUGCGGUGGCCAAUAACAAGGACAUCACCGCUCUGGAGAAGGCUGUUGGCUGCGGUCAGGUGGAGGAGUUGAUUGUGCAGGCCGAGAACGAGCUGAUCCUGGCACGCAAAAUGCUCGGCUGGAAGCCCUGGGAGAAGCUGUCUCAGGCUGCGCCCGCCAAGCAGUGGGACUGGCCACCAGCACAGAUUCUGGAGCCCAAAGUUUAGGCUUGCCUUUAGCCCAUUAGUAAUUAUUGUUCUAGUUUGGAGUGCCGCUAGCACUGACAUCGUUCCAAGCCUUGUUGACAGCGAAAAUUGAAUUGUAAACCGCAAUAAAUCUGUUGAUUGUGAA